AUGGACGAAAGUGGUGUGACGACUGUCCACAAGCCUGGGCGUAUUAUUGCCAAGAAGGGCACUAAACAAGUUGGCAAGAUUACGAGUGGAGAGAAGGGGAAAAAUGUAACAGUAAUAUGCGCAGUAAAUGCACAUGGAUCCUAUUUACCACCGGCAAUGAUUUACCCACGAGUAAGGAUGAAUCCUCAGUUGUUAAAAGGAGCACCACCAGGAACAUUAGGCUUUGCAACCAAAAGUGGUUGGACAGACUGUGAGGUUUUUGUGAAGUGGUUAAAGCACUUCACAGAUGUUGUUAAGCCAACCCUGGAAAGAAAAGUCAUACUUCUAGUAGAUGGACAUGCUAGCCAUAAAUCACUAGAAGCCAUUACAUUUGCCAGAGAUCAUGGUAUAGACCUUAUCAGCUUCCCUCCACAUUGCACUCACAGGAUCCAACCACUAAAUUUAACUUUUUUUGGUCCAUUGAAAGGAUAUUAUCGAAGAAUUUUUGGGACUGCAUACAUGAAAUGUGCAACUAUUGACAAAGGCGUUUCCGGUUUUAGAAGUGGAGGAAUCUGGCCAUACAAUAACGACAUCUUCACAGAUGCAGAAUUUGCACCAUCAUUGAUGACUGAAAACAACUUAGUCAUAGACACCGUGGUUGCAGGUUCAUCAGUCAUAGACACCGUGGUUGCAAGUUCAUCAGUCGUAGACACCGUGUUUGCAAGUUCAUCAGUCGCAGACACCGUGGUUGCAAGUUCAUCAGUCGUAGACACUGUGGUUCCAGGUUCUUCAAUUCAGGUCAUGAUACAAUCAUUGUCUCCAUUACCAAAAGCCGAGCCUCGAUCUGGAAAAAGAAAGGCUGAAGCAGCAGAAGCGCUGACAUCAACACCUUUCAAACAAGCUCUGUUGGAAAAGCAUCAACUGCAGCAAAUGAAGGUAGAAAAUCAAGCCAGAAGAAAAUUAAUUCUUAAAAAAAAAGCUGAAGAAAACUGUGGCUGCUUCUUUGGCUGCUCGAGAGAAGAAAACUCCUCCACAAUCUGCUUUUUCUACAACCAAGAAAACAGUGCCAAAGAAGAAAAUUGUUGA